ACUUGGCUGCGGUCACACAGCUCGCAAGCAGCAUGGCUAUGCAUCUGUGGUUGGUCACCCUGACCUUGGUUCCCCUCUUUGCCAUGGACAGGGAGCUGCUGGUGUCGGCGGGGAAGUUUGUUUUCUCCAGAAUGCCCAUUUGUGAGCACAUGGCUGAGUUUCCAAACUGUCCCCGGACACCUAACCUGAUCUGUGGCACAGAUGGGCUCACAUAUGAAAAUGAAUGCCACCUCUGCGUGACCCGGAUGAAAACCAGAAAGGACAUUCAGAUCAUGAAGGACGGCAAAUGUUGAGCCCAGAGGUACACUCAAGCCAUGAAACUUCAAGCUGGAGAACAGUGAUGCUCCAGAGGCUAUGCUAUGAAAUAAAGGAUGCAGCCCAAGCU